UACGUAGACAAGUUAUCGAUAUUAAAAUUAUCCAAUUAGAAACGGCUAUAAACUUCGAGUAAAACAAAGGCGUUUUUCAGCUUAACGGGAAAAGUUUUGUGAAAUGGCUGCUGAGAUAAAACCCGCACAACGUAGUUGCGACGAUCGUUUCAACUCUGUAAGAAAACUGGAGUUGUUAAAUAAAUUGGAGGGUAGUGGUGAUGAUAUUAAUGCUGCAAUUUUUAUUCCUGGAGAGAACGGUGUUAUAAGUGUUUCUGAUGACAAAACCAUACGCGUGUGGCUGAAGCGUGACUCAGGUCAAUAUUGGCCUAGCAUUUGUCAAUUUAUGCCUUCCGGAUGUACUUCUGUUCAUUAUAAUGCAAAUGACAGGCAGUUGUAUGUUGGCCAGGACAAUGGGACAGUAACGCAAUAUGUAUUUUCGGAUGACUGCAACCGUCUUUCCUUUGUGCGGGACUAUUUAGCACAUCAAGGCCGAGUAAUGGAAAUAGUAGUUGCCAAUACGCUCAAAUGGGUGCUUUCAUGUGGAAAGGACAAAUUAUUCGUAUUUUACUCGACGGAAAGUGGGAACCGAUUGGGUAGUUAUAGUUUUGAGUCGCCCUGUACCUCUCUUCAAUUUGAUAGCAUGGCCAAAUAUGCCUUUGUUGGCGACAAUGCUGGACUUAUUACAAUGCUAAGGUGUGAUACGCAAGGUGUUCAGUUCAUAAACACAUUCAAAGGACAUACCACAAGCAUUAGAUGCUUAAAAUGGGUUGAAGAACACCAGUUGCUUUUUAGUGGAUCUUGUGAUCAAACUGUUUAUGUUUGGGAUGUUGGUGGAAAACGUGGCACGAUUUAUGAAUUACAAGGACACAAUAAUAAGGUGUCUUCACUAGCUUAUGCCAGUCUCACCCAACAACUUAUGAGUGGUGGCGAAGACUCUGUUAUUGUGUUAUGGGAAAUGAAUGCUAUGCGAAAAGAAGUCCCGCAAUGGGUGGAAAAUAAUAGUUGUCAGCUAUGUCAGCGACCAUUCUUUUGGAAUUUUCGUGCGAUGGUGGACCAGAGACAAAUUGGAAUAAGACAACAUCACUGCAGGCAUUGUGGAAAGGCUGUUUGCGAUAGCUGCUCUGCUAGCCGUAUCAACAUUCCAAUAAUGGGAUUUGAAUUCGAUGUGCGUUGUUGUGAUCCUUGUUACAAGCAACUGCAAAGUGUUGAUCGACCUUCAUUGGCUUCUUUUCAUGAUGCAAAACAUUCCAUCGUCAACAUGGACCUCGAUGAGAAUCGAAAAUUGCUAUUGACUGUUGGACAAGAUCGUGUUAUAAAAAUUUGGGAUUUAUCUUCAAUUUGGGCAUAAUAAUAAAUACCUUGACAUAUAUUUUCAGAAUUUAAUUCGAAA